AUGGAUCUCACCCAAAUCUCAUCCCAACUCUCCUCAUCACCCAGUCGAUUCCCAGACUGUUGUCUCUCCAUAUCCACAAACCUACUCACAACCCUGACAACCCUCCUCCCCAAAAAACCCGCAUUCACACUUUCAAUCGGCAGCGGAUCCGGCCUUUUAGAAGGCCUCCUUUCGCACUCUAAUGCAUCAAUCUCCGUGGAAGGAGUCGAGGUAGCCUCGACUGUUAAUCGGUAUAUUGCCGAAGAAGAUAUGCAUGUUGCGGCUGGUGCUUGGGAUCUUUAUGCACGGGCGAAGGAGGCUAAGGCUUGGAUGUUUGUUUAUCCUAGGGAGCCAAAGUUGAUUUCUAGGUAUAUUGAGACAUAUGGUGGUGGGGAGGUGAAGAUUAUUAUGUGGCUUGGGCCGAAGAUAGAUUGGAUUGAUCAUGAGGUUAUUUUUCGAGAGUCGGUGUUUGAUGAGGUGCAUGUUUUGGAGGAUGUUGGGUUGGCGCGUUAUGAGACUGCAGUUGUUGCUAGGAGGUCUGUUUGA